AUGCUGCUGGCGGGUCUGCUAUUGCGUAACGUUCCUUACAUAACGGACGCCAUCUUCAUUGACACUCGCUGGUCUGCAGCUCUGAGGAACAUCGCCUUGUCCAUCAUCCUUACCAGAGCUGGUCUGGGCCUCAACCCUGAGGCUUUAAGUCGACUGAAAGCAGUGUGCGUACGUGUUGCACUUGGACCCUGUAUGGUGGAAGCCUGCAUUGCUGCUGUGGUCUCUCACUUCCUGCUGGGUCUGCCAUGGGUUUGGGGUUUCAUACUGGGUUUUGUACUGGCUGCCGUUUCUCCAGCAGUUGUUUUUCCUUCAAUGCUGCUCCUGCAGAGAGAAGGAUAUGGAGUGGAGAAGGGAAUCCCCACCCUCCUGAUUGCUGCUGGAAGCUUUGAUGUUAUUCUCGCUAUAACAGGAUUCUCUACUUGUUUGGGAAUCGCCUUCUCUACAGGUUCUACAUGGAUGAACAUACUGAAGGGUCUGCUGGAGGUGGUGGGAGGCAUCGUAGCUGGUAUGAUCCUGGGAAUGUUCUUGUACUGCUUCCCCAGCAAUGACCAGGAGGAUCUGGUCUUGAGGAGGACCCUCAUGUUGCUGGGUCUGUCCACAUUUUCAGUCUUCUUCAGUAAUGCUAUUGGUGCUGCUGGAGCUGGAAGUCUCUGUACACUGGUGCUGGCUUUCCUGGCAGCACUGGGCUGGAAGACUGAAAAGGCACCAGUAGCAGAAAUAGUGGGUCAGUCAUGGGAUUUAUUUCAGCCAUUCCUGUUUGGUCUGAUUGGAGCUGAGAUCACGAUUAAAGCACUCAGCCCAAGUACUGUGGGUCUGGGUAUGGCCUGCAUUCUUAUUGGUGUGGUGAUCCGUCUACUUGUCACCUUCCUGUUGGUUCAUUAUGGAGGAUUCAACUUAAAAGAGAAGCUCUUCAUUUCUGUGGCCUGGCUGCCUAAAGCUACUGUGCAGGCUGCCAUUGGCUCCAAGGCGUUGGACAUGGCAAGGGAGAAAGGGGAUGAGGCCUUAAUUAAGUUUGGUUUGGACGUGCUAACAUUAGCGGUGUUAGCCAUCUUGACCACAGCUCCAGCUGGUGCACUGGGUAUCGGACUGGCAGGACCACGUCUUCUGGCCCGGCAGGUCAAAGAAGAGACAGAAGGUGAAGCUACACCAUCUUACCUGUGAGAGUAUUACACCAUCUUAUCCACCUUAUUCUUCUAAUCAGAUAAUUGUUGAAUCAUUAUACGGCCAUAGGCCACAUUAUGCCUUUGAUUAAAGAUUGUGAAAUCAUUACACUGUUUUAUGAUGCAUUAUACUGCUGAGUUAUAAGAAAUGCUGUUUGUGUAGAAUCAUGGCCUUCCUUUUCUGAUUACAAAGAGAACAAAACAUACUGUAGAGUUUUUCUGCCCCAUCUCAUCAGGAGGAGAUAAAACAGGAAGCCAAGGCCGUCACUUAGACGUGGUAAGCUGGAAAGAAUGUGAGGGUUUAGGCUUCAUGGCCCUGAAGGGAGGGGGAAAAGCUGUAAGAGUCUGUGUAACUGUUGGACACUUCGAGAUGUCCGUCCGGAUGUCUGUAAUGCUCAAAGUGCUGUAUGGAAUAAAGAGAUUGU